AGCAACUUUGGCCUUAUGAUCGAGCUCAUUGAUCAAUACAACCAGGAGGGACUGCUGGCUGAGACAGUUGGUCACAUUUACGAUGAGGAUGUGGAGCCUUGAGCGACUGAGAAUGUUCGUAAUGUUUUUCAGUGUUACUGUGCUCACCUGUCACGAAAUAGCCUCGAAAAGAACUUACGGGCACCGCAAACAAAACGACACAAGCAACUGUCUUCAGAAUGUCAGCACAGGGAAACAUGACCUCAAACACAUGUACUGCCAAUGUCUAAGUCAGCUCAAAGAAGCAGAACAGAAUCUGACACAGUCCUUCGAAGAAUGGCGUUUGGAAGCUGAUGCCCUUCGAAACCAAACAUCACAGUGCCUCAUGAGCGUAGCAGCACUGCAGGGAGCUCUGAGGACAUGUGAGCUUGGAACUGGGCUGAUUGAUGGAGGGAAAUGAUAGAAAUAUUCCGACACUGAUAGUACCAGAUGGGAGAGAACUCCAGAAAAAAAAAGAUGACUAAACAAGGUGUCGUUAUACAGCUUUGUGUCCACAGAAUCUUUGCACAUUCAAUCACAGAUCUGUUUUAUAAUAAUAAAUAUUU